ACACGACUUGCAUCGAUCGUUUUGUCGAACGCGUCGUCAUCGUUCGCCAUUUUGUUCACGAAUCUUCGGUUUCGAUACUUACAAGUAUUUCUACUUCGGUUGUGUUGAUCGUUUGUAUGUAGUAUUCAACGAACGAUUUCAAAGAUAAUAUUGUAAAUUCGAGCAGAUUUCUCUAAUUACCUAACUUUGUGCUCGAGAACGGGAAAAGCAGUAUUUCAACGCCCCAGGCGGCGAUAUUAUUUAUAAGGAGAGAUUGCAUUAGAUUAGAAUCAUGUCGAGUGGUAGUGGAGAUCAUGAGGAGGAGGGAUAUGUCGUUAAGGUGCGUGGACUGCCAUGGUCCACCACUGUGGAUGAGAUUAUGAAAUUCUUUGGCGACUGUUCGAUUUCAAAUGGCAAGAAUGGAGUUCACAUGACUACAUCCCGUGAGGGACGCCCUAGUGGCGAAGCCUAUGUGGAAAUGGAUACUCCAGAAGAUAUUGAGAAGGCUUGCAAAAGAGAUAGAGAUCACAUGGGCCAUCGUUAUAUCGAAGUUUUUAAAGCAAAACGCGGCGAAAUGGAAUGGGUUGUGAAGAGGAGCGGUCUAAAUUUGGAGAACGCAAUGGACGAUGGUUGCGUGAGAUUGCGCGGCCUACCGUUUGGUUGUUCGAAAGAGGAAAUUGCACAAUUCUUCUCAGGGUUGGAGAUUCUUCCGAACGGGAUAUCACUACCGACAGACUACACGGGCCGCAGUACUGGGGAGGCUUACGUUCAAUUUGUUAACAAAGAUGUUGCGGAGCGCGCUCUGCAGAAACACAAGGAAAAGAUAGGACACAGAUAUAUCGAGAUCUUCCGAAGCAGCUUAUCCGAGGUACGCGCUAGUAUCGGACCGAAAAUGCGCGGUGGUCCUAUGGGCGGCUUCAAUCAGAGGCCCGCGCCGUAUACUCGUGGUGACCGCUUCGGUGGGAUGAAUCGUUUUAGCAACAAUGGCAGAGGAUCCAGAAAUAGAGGUGAUUCCUUUCAUCUAUCGAAGUACGAAGACAAUCGUGCAGGACAAUACCGUAAUAGAGACUUAAUAUACAAUUCACGUACUAAUUCAUUACACUUUGAUAACGGUCCAUGGGGAAGUGGGAACAAUUAUGGAUCUCGUGGCGGCAAUAUGGGAAUGCGUGGCAGCAUGGACAUGAAGGGUGGCAAUUACAGAGGCAACAAUGACUCCUGGGGCGGUAAUUCUGGCGUGUAUAGUAUCCAUAUGCGAGGACUGCCGUUCAAAGCGACAGAACAAGACAUAGCUGAUUUCUUUAGACCAAUUGAACCGGUAAAUGUUCGCAUUAUUCUUGAGAAUGGUGGUCGUCCAUCGGGAGAAGCUGAUGUAGAAUUCGCGACUCAUGAAGAAGCUUUGAAAGCAAUGUGCAAGGAUAAAAGCCACAUGUCGCACAGAUACAUUGAGCUAUUCAUGAAUUCAUCCAGCGGAUCAAGUAACAUGUCACUAAGUGGCAUUGGCAAUUUCUGUGGAGGCUUAAGUAACAACUUCAGGCAAGGAUACUCUCCAAACAACAGAACUUUCAACUCGCAGUUGGGCGGCAGCAAUUAUAAUAGUUUUUGA